AUGGCAUCCUUUGUAGAAGGCCUGUGGCAAUCCAUCUUCACGCCGGGCCCGACGCCCACGCUGCUCGUAGCGACAAACGUCACAUUUGCGGCCCUGCAAGUGGUGCUUGCCAGCCUGCUCUACGCGACCCACAGCAUCCACUUCCUCAUCCUCUCCGUCCUGUGCGGCGGCCUCUGGGCAGCCAUCAACUGGUUCGCGCGCGAGCUGAAGGCGCAUCAGCAGGAGGAGGAGGAGAAGAAGCGGCGCACCCUCGCGGCCCGCCCGCCACCACCGCGGGCACCGUCGUCGGACGACAGCGAAACCGAGGUGGAGGCCGCGACGUCGACGGCCAGCCUGCGCAAGGUCCCAACGAUAGCGCCGGUGGCUGCGAAGGCCGCGGCGGUCAGCACCGAGGUGGAACCGGCUGAGGCGCGCGGGGAGCUGAAGCUCAGGGUCGCGGAGGAGCUGCCGAGUCCGAGCCAGGGGCAGAGGAGUGGUGUCAGCACCGAGGACGAGUGGGAGAAGGUUUCUGAGAACGAGAAGGAUAAAUAA